CUCCAAACCAGCACAUUCAUUGCUCCCAGCUAUUUCAGGAAUUUCGAGAAGGUUAUUGAAAGCUCAAUCUGGAAAUCCCUUUUGGGUAAAUGUUCCUUGUGAUUUUAGCUAGCAACCUUGUUAUUAUUUGAGUUGAAUGUUAUGUUUUUUGUUUCAAGAAUGUUGAUUUUGAUGAAUGAGUUACGAAUUAGGGUGGAAAAAUGGGUUAUUUGAGUGAUCUUUAGGUAUUUAUGAUUGGAUUCAGAGAUGACGACGGAUGGAAAAACUGAUCAUCAUUCAAGGAGGGGGAACCCACCUGGGAUUUCGGUUAUAAGAAGAAUUAGAGGCAAAGAUUGGAGCUUUAACACUUACAGUUAUGUAGUUUUGCUCGUUACAUUCAUAGCAUAUACUUGUUACCAUGCUUCGAGAAAACCAAGUAGUAUAGUUAAAAGUGUGCUCUAUCCUGAGCCCAAUAGGAUCAACACCACUGGCACAGGGUACGAUUCUCCAUGGCCUAUUGGUGAUCUCUUUGUAAAAGAGGAAUUAGUGAGUUAUAAUGAUGUUCUUAAGAGAGGGAAACAUAGUAAGGGUUGGGAACCAUUUAAUGAUGAAGAUGGAACGCUGAAAUUGGGUGCCAUUGAUGUUGCAUUUCUUGCCUGUUAUGCAAUUGCAAUGUAUUUUGCUGGGCAUGUAGCUGAUUCAUGGGAUCUUCGCCUGUUUUUGUCAACUGGGAUGAUUGGGAGUGGCAUUUUUGUGGGCCUUUUUGGAGUUGGGUAUUUUUGCAACAUUCAUGUGUUUUGGUUUUACUUGGUUAUGCAAAUGCUUGCUGGGUUGUUUCAGUCCACCGGCUGGCCGUCCGUUGUUGCUGUUGUUGGGAAUUGGUUUGGCAAAAAGAGAAGGGGAUUGAUCAUGGGUAUUUGGAAUGCUCAUACGUCUGUGGGGAACAUUUGUGGAUCCCUUCUUGCUGCUAGCGUUUUAGAGUAUGGCUGGGGCUGGUCUUUCAUUGUGCCAGGUGGUUUUAUAUUUCUCGGUGGGAUAAUGGUGUACUUGUUCUUGCCUGCUUACCCUGAAGAUGUUGGUUUUUCUAGCCCAAAUAGCUCGGCUGUUAAACCUGUAGGUGUGCCUGAAGAUCAGGCUGUCGAGGUUGUAACUGGACCUAAUGAUGUAGAAGCUCAAAGGGGAGAUGAGAUUAUAGUGGUGAAUGAACAGAGUAAUGUAAAACCCCAGAUUGCUUCAGCUAAUAGGAAAAGUAUUGGGAUUGUUGGUGCUUGGAGAAUACCAGGAGUUCAACAAUUUGCCUUUUGCCUCUUCUUAGCGAAGUUAGUAGCGUACACAUUUCUAUAUUGGUUGCCAUUUUAUCUUAGUCAGACAGCUAUUGGAGGAGAAUAUAUGUCUGUAAAAUCUGCUGGAAACCUUUCCACUUUAUUUGAUGUCGGAGGGAUUGUUGGUGGAAUUUUGGCUGGUUAUAUAUCUGACAAACUUAAGGCUCGGGCUACUACAGCAACAAGCUUCAUGUUUGUAGCAAUUCCAUCACUGAUCUUAUAUCGUAUAUAUGGAAGCAUAUCCAAGAACAUCAACAUCUUUCUUAUGAUUAUUGCGGGCUUAUGCGUGAAUGGGCCCUAUGCACUCAUUACAACUGCAGUAUCAGCAGAUCUUGGCACUCACAGUUCUCUGAGAGGAGAUUCCCGAGCACUAGCAACAGUUACCGCUCUUAUUGAUGGUACUGGGUCUUUAGGAGCUGCUUUGGGCCCCCUUUUGACUGGGUUCCUUUCCAAGUUUGGAUGGGACAAAGUUUUUGGGAUGCUGAUUAUUUGUGCUGCUGGUGCGGGCCUUUGUUUAUCUCGUUUGGUGGUAAAUGAACUCCAUGAAAAAUUUUCUCACAGAACUGUCUCUGCAAGAGACAAUGUUGAAGCUCUGGCGUCUCAACCCCUACUUAGCGGCCAGAGGUGAUGGUUGAUGCCAUUGUUGACUUCAGAAAGACAGUGUUCUUGCUGGACAACGCUGCGAUAGUGCAAUAUGCAGCCUAUAGUUUGUAGAGGAACAAUAUGAUCGACUUCCAUAUCCUUUUGCUGGUAAGAUGCAUCCAAUGUUCACAACAUGGGGAGCUGAUCCAGCGCGGCUAUAUAGUUCCCACUUCCCAGUUUUGAACUUUCUUGAUGCUACCAUACACAUGUAAAAGCAAAUGGACCUUCUAACAGUGGGAUACAAGGUAUUUUAGCUAACGAUUGACGACAAAAUAGAUACAAAUGUAUACUUCAGCUAACAAUAAUAUUCGUCUUGAGUUUCCACUAGUUUGAAUUGAAAAUAGCUCAUCUUUCACAGCAUUAGAGGUUCAGCCUAUCUCUUAGCUAUUUCCUACUGCUUC